AUGGCGCCCCUUGUCGAUAACUCCCAAAUCAAGGCGGCGGAGCUGUGGAAGCCGCUGCCUCUGUAUCUCCACGCCUACAUCUGGCCCUUCGCCGUCGUCUGGCCCGUCUUCCUGCGCUACUACCUGACCACCGACCUGUACGACAAGUACAUUUCCUCCGAGGAAUGGACUUUUGUCUGGAUCGCCACCAUCACCACCCUGCAGUCUCUCGUCUGGCUCUGCACCCACUGGAGCGUCAACCUUCAGACUCUCUUCACGGCCACCCGCGCCAAGACCAUUGAAGAUGCCGAGCUCAUCAAGGUCCUGCCCGUCGCCAACGCUGGAUCGCCCGAAGUUUGCACCAUUGUGCGCGACACUACCAACGGCCGUACGAACACGUCGUUCCUCUUCCAGAAGCGCCGAUUCCUCUACGUCCCCGAAGAUAAGACGUUCCGCACUCUGGUAUAUGCCAUCGACGCUGAGCCAAAGCCUAGCAUCGCCCAGUUCCAAAAGUCGAAGGGCAUCGCCACCCAGGCCGAGCUCACCCGCAUUCAGGAGCACUAUGGACCCAACACGUUCGACAUCCCCGUUCCCACCUUCAGUGAGCUCUUCAAGGAGCACGCCGUCGCCCCCUUCUUCGUUUUCCAAAUCUUCUGUGUCGGCCUGUGGAUGCUCGAUGAAUACUGGUACUACUCGCUGUUCACCCUCUUCAUGCUCGUCGCCUUUGAGAGCACCGUCGUCUGGCAGCGCCAGCGGACCCUCAUGGAGUUCCGUAGCAUGAGCAUCAAGCCCUACGAGAUCUACGUCUACCGCCUCGGCAAGUGGACCGAGAUUAUGAGCGACCAGCUUCUGCCCGGCGAUCUUGCCUCUGCCGGCCGUACCAAGGAGGACGGUGGCGUUGCUUGCGACAUGCUCCUCGUUGAGGGCACUGCCAUUGUCAACGAGGCCAUGCUGUCUGGUGAGAGCACCCCGCUUCUCAAGGACUCCAUCCAGCUGCGGCCCCAGGAUGCCGCCAUCGAGCCCGAAGGACUCGACAAAAAUGCCUUCCUCUGGGGCGGCACCAAGGUCCUCCAGAUCACCCACGGUAACCCCGACGAGGUCAAGCCCAGGCUGAUCUCCGGCGUCCCUCCCCCUCCUGAUAAUGGGGCCAUGGCCAUUGUGCAAAAGACUGGCUUUGAGACCUCGCAGGGCAGCCUCGUCCGCACCAUGAUCUACUCGACCGAGCGCGUCUCCGCCAACAACGUGGAGGCCCUCUUCUUCAUUCUCUUCCUCCUGAUCUUCGCCAUUGCCGCUUCUUGGUAUGUCUGGGACGAGGGUGUCCGCAAGGAUCGCAAGCGCUCCAAGCUUCUGCUCGACUGUGUCUUGAUCGUCACCAGCGUCGUGCCCCCCGAACUUCCUAUGGAGCUCAGUCUUGCCGUCAACACCAGCCUUGCCGCCCUGGCCAAGCUUGCCAUCUUCUGCACCGAGCCCUUCCGCAUCCCCUUUGCUGGACGCAUUGACGUUGCUUGUUUCGACAAGACGGGUACUUUGACUGGUGAGGACCUUGUUGUUGAGGGUAUCGCCGGCCUCGGUCUUGUCGGACACACUGGCGCUGAUACUCCUCGGGAGUCUGACGGUGCCCACUCUCACAUGACCGCUGUCAAGGAUAUCGGCCUCGAGACGACCCUGGUUCUGGCUUCUGCCCAUGCUCUCGUCAAGCUCGACGAGGGCGAGAUUGUUGGUGACCCCAUGGAGAAGGCCACUCUCACCUCGAUUGGUUGGACUAUUGGCAAGAACGAUGUGCUUCUGGCGAAGCCCGCCACCGUGGCCACUACUGGUAUCAGCGGCAACGUUCAGGUGAAGCGUCGUUUCCAGUUCUCGUCCGCUCUCAAGCGCCAGAGCUCCGUUGCGACCAUUAGCGGCAUUGACAACAACACUGGAAACAAGCUCCGUGGCACUUUUGUUGGUGUCAAGGGUGCGCCCGAGACCAUCAUGAAGAGGCUCACGACUGUCCCCGCUGAUUACGAAGAAACCUACAAGUACUUUACCCGUCGCGGAUCCCGUGUCCUCGCGCUUGCCUACAAGCAGCUGAGUACGGAGGGCGAACUGAGCAGUGGCAAGAUCAACGACCUCAAGCGUGAGCAGGUCGAGUGCGGCCUUACUUUUGCCGGCUUCCUCGUCCUGUCCUGCCCUCUCAAGGAAGAUGCCAAAGAAGCCGUUCAGAUGCUCAACGAGAGCAGCCACCGUGUCGUCAUGAUCACCGGAGACAAUCCUCUCACCGCCGUCUAUGUCGCUCGCGAUGUCGAGAUUGUGGACCGUGACGUCCUCAUCCUCGACGCUCCUGAGGACAACGACGAUGGCGACAAGCUCGUCUGGAGAAGUGUGGACGACAAGAUCAGCAUCCCCGUGGACCCUACCAAACCCAUCGACCCCGAAAUUAUCAAGACCAAGGAUCUCUGUGUUACCGGUUACGCUCUCGCCAAGUUCAAGGGCCAGCAGGCCUGGUUCUCCAUCCUCCGUCACACCUGGGUCUACGCUCGUGUGUCGCCCAAGCAGAAGGAGGACAUCCUUCUCGGUCUCAAGGAGAUGGGCUACUACACUCUGAUGGCUGGCGAUGGCACGAACGACGUCGGUGCUCUCAAGCAGGCCCACAUUGGUGUCGCCCUUCUCAACGGUACCCAGGAGGACCUUGUUCGUAUUGCUGAGCACUCUCGCAAUACUAGGAUGAAAGACAUCUACCAGAAGCAAGUAGAGAUGAUGAAGCGCUUCAACCAGCCUGCCCCCCCCGUCCCUGUCCUGAUCGCCCACAUGUACCCUCCGGGUCCUAGCAACCCCAACUUCAAUAAGGCUGUCGAACGUGAGGCCCAAAAGAAGAAGGUUUCACCUGAAGAGUACGUCAAGGCUCAAGGAUACGACGUCGAGACCAUCACUUCGCCCGCCGCUCAGCAGCUCAUCAACUCUGACCCUAAGAACCGCAAUGCCCAAGCCCAGAAGAAGGCCGCCAACCUCGCCGACAGGAUGACCACCAGCCUCAUGGAGAAUGAGCUCGACGACAACGAACCCCCGACUCUAAAGCUCGGCGACGCUUCUGUUGCUGCGCCCUUCACGAGUAAGCUCCGCAACGUCAUUGCCGUCCCCAACAUUAUUCGCCAGGGCCGUUGCACACUUGUCGCCACCAUUCAGAUGUACAAGAUUCUCGCCCUGAACUGUUUGAUCACCGCCUACAGUCUCAGUGUCCUCUACCUCGAGGGUAUCAAGUUUGGUGACGGGCAGUACACCAUCAGCGGCGUUCUCAUGAGCGUCUGCUUCCUGUCCCUGUCCCGUGCCCGUGUUGUCGAGGGUCUGUCCAAGGAGCGCCCUCAGCCCAACAUCUUCAACUUUUAUAUUAUUGGCUCGAUUCUCGGCCAAUUCGCCAUCCACAUUGUGACUCUCAUCUACGUUGCCCGUCUGUGCGACCGUCUUGAGCCUCGCUCCGACAACGUCGACCUCGAGGCUGAGUUCUCGCCCAGCCUGCUUAACAGUGCCGUCUACCUCCUGCAGCUCAUCCAGCAGAUCAGCACCUUCGCCAUCAACUAUCAGGGCCGUCCCUUCCGUGAGUCCCUCUCCGAGAACCGCGGCAUGUUCUGGGGCAUCCUCGGCGUCUCGGCCCUCGCCUUCUCUUGCGCCAUGGAGCUCGCGCCCGAGAUCAACGAGCAGAUGAAGCUUGUACCCUUCACCGACGAGUUCAAGACUACCAUGACGUCCGUCAUGGUGUUUGACUACGCGGCCUGCUGGACUAUCGAGGUUGUCCUGAAACGCCUCUUCUCCGACUUCCGCCCCCGUGACAUUGCGGACCGCCGGCCCGACCAGCUCGAGCGCGAAAGGGUGCGCAAGGCCGAGGCUACCCAGAAGCUCAUCGCCGAGCAGGAGAAGGCUGAGGAGGAGAAGAUUGCUGCGCUCGAGAAGCAGAUUGCCGACAGGCGGCAGCAGGUGGCCAAUUGGCGUCGCGGUGGCCCGGCGCAGUAG